UUCAUUUCCUCACCUCAUUCACUUUGAUGGAGUGAGAUCGUACAUUUUCAUAGUACUUUUUACAUUAAUAAGGUUCACUCUUGCUCGUUUCCUCAGGAUUAAAUAAAUAUUACUAGACAAGAAGCCUGAAAAGAAUUCUUUAUAAGAAUGGAUUUGGACCGCAAUCAUGACACACAGACUCCUCACCUGGCCGUCAGACUUCCGGAGAUUGUGGCGAAUAUUGUCCCCUUCCUCCCAAAAUCGGACCUCAUCUCGUGCACUUUGAUCAACUCGACGUGGGAACAAGAAGCCCGAAUACCUCUCCUCGUCCUAUCCCAGUUUCUCAUCGACCCACAAAAUAUCACCCACCACCAAGAAAUUUCUUCCGUCCGGGGAAACUCCGCGAGAAACGUUGGGGUCGUCGAAUUCCGAAAUUUGUCUCGGGGAGGCCCUUGUGGAAACUUUAUUUCUGCCCAUGGCCACAAAGUGAACCGAUUGGUGACUCGGCUACCCCCGCCAGAUGUCGAAUGGCCGCAAUUUUUCGAAACCUUGUCAAACUCAUUCCCCAAUCUGACCUCGGUCGCGUUUGUUUUCAACCGUCUGGAUUACACCGAUUCCCCUCCAAGCAGGACGAUCUUUUCGAAGGUUAAGAACCUGGCAAUCUGCAACUACAACCCCUCCGACUUCGAGGGAACUCAGCAAAUACUGAGUACCCAAUUGGCCCCUUUAUUUCCAAACCUUGUGGCCCUCUGGUGUCAAAGAAUUUGUCCAUCUGUGGUGAGAUCCUUCCUAAAGUUCGCCCCCACUCUGACCAUCUUGACUUUGAUCAAUAUCCCGUUAAUUGAUCCAAUCCAAGAAAACACGGUAAACCUGACCCGGCUAGAAAUCGGGCUUGACUCCAACCCCAACCGCUUCGCACAAAGUGUAACCGCCAUGCUCAAAAUUUCAUCCGGAACGCUGGAAAAUCUGAGACUAAGCCGGGUACCAAAUAUUGAACCCUUCGUGGUACAAAAUUGCAUACAAUUCAUCAUACUGUUCCCAAUCUUACCGAGAUUACGGGUUUUUGAACUUGUCCACAAUGACUUCGCGACACGGCUUGGGGAUAAUACAAAUUCGCAGGUAACACCCGCUAUAAACCUGCAAUUUGUAAGGGGUAGUGCCGAAACGAAGUUACCUUAUGCCGAGCAGUUCCCCGUUCUGGAAACAUUACGGGUUUUGAAGGGCGCCUCUUCUCGAAAUGAUAAAUUGACUGAUCAAGACUUUUUUGAGGCGAGCAUGGGGUUUUUGUACAAUUCGUUCCUCCAUUCGACUAACACGAAGUGUUUAACUUUGAAAAAUUUGGUCAUUCCGUUCCAAGAGGAGUGUGGGGAGAAGUUUAAGUUUUUCGACAUUUUCCACAUUUUCGACAGCAGAAAGAGCUUCGGUGGUUUUGAGUGGAAGGAUACUACCGCAGACGUUUUGGAACGAGUCAUCGAUGUGUUUCCAAAUUUGAUACAAUUGGAGAAGAAGGAUAAGCCGGGUAGUAAAAGUAAAGGAAGGGGCCAAGGAUUUGUGGGAAAAUGCUUGGCUUCAAUUUUUGGUCUAUUUAGAAUGAUCACAAGCUUUUUCCCAAAUUUGACACAUAUGGAGUGAAGUUGGGCGUGGUGAAAGUGAAGGAGGAAUUCGAUGCAGAUUAAGGAAGAAGAUUUUAAUAUUUGAUGAUAUCUGAUUAAUUUUAAUUGCUAGGUUAUUGUUGUUCCUGUUUUGUUCAUGGCUUUCUCGAAAACACAGUAGAAUAAUUUUUGUGUUAAAUAAGUAUAAGGUCAAAAUGCUUCAAUAUUAGAAUAUAUGCAUAUAUAGUUUAACAUUGUUUUGUUACAAAUAAGAAAGGAUUUUCAAAGGAAGCAAAAUAUUUGUACGUUAUUUAUUUUAUUUCCAAAUUUGUCACUUAUUUGUUCGUAUUUUAGAAGGCUGGCUAUUAUCAUAAAAUUAUAUUUUGAUGAAAGUAGACGCACAAAAUAAACUAUAUUACUUUGAAAAAGU